UUGCUCUUGGCCCCAUCAAUGGUGUCAUCGUCCUCCUACACUCGACAGAAACCAGUGAACCACCGCUACAAAAACGUCCUCUCGAUCGAUCGAUCACUCGAUGAAUCUCUCGACAUCGUAGCGAACUAAACUAACCAUGCCCCUCCUGCUGCAGCUCGCCCUGGCGCUCCUCGCCGUCGCCGGCGACGCGGCCACGGCCGCGGCGACGACGACGCACCUCCGGUUCUACAUGCACGACACGGUGACCGCGUCGGCGUCGUCGGGCCAGGAGGCGGCGACGGCGGUGCGCGUGGUGAAGGGCGCGGCGGCGCUGCCGAAUGACCCUGUCAACCGGUUCGGCGACGUGUACGCCGUCGACGACCCGCUGACGGAGGGCCCCGACGCGGCGGCGUCCGCCGCCGUGGGCCGCGCCAGGGGCCUCUACGUGUUCGCGUCGAGGACGGACUCGACGCUCCUGCUGAGCGCCACCAUGGAGUUCACGUCGGGGAGGCACAACGGCAGCACCGUGGCCGUGCUCGCCAGGGACGCCAUCCUCGACGACGUCAGGGAGCUGCCGGUGGUCGGCGGCACCGGCGGGCUCCGCGGCGCCACCGGUUACGCCCUCCUCAGGACGCACUCCUUCAACCCGGCCACCAACAACGCCGUCCUGCAGAUCGACAUGUACCUCAACGUGUAGCAGGCCAGUACUACGACCGACCUUACACUUAGUGCAGGUCUAUAGUACAAAACUAUAUUAUAUAUAUCUACAUGAUUUGUAAAAUCACAGCCUUUUUAUUAUUCGAGUUACUCUAAGUAAAAGCA